AUGUGGCCGAAUAGAGAACCAAAGCGAUCGCGCGGGAUGGGCAACCCCACAUCGAGCGAUCACGGCUCCACGCGUACAUCCGGUUUAGCAUGGGUAGAGCCCAGCUCCAAAGAUCUUCCUUCACUGCCCGAUGGGCAUCUGGAAGUUGCACAGGAUGACAAUGAAUGGCGAUAUUCUGCUGUUUCCCCGAUGGCUUCGCCCAUCCUGGAGACUGUGAACGAUAGUGGAAGCAGUUUCUGUGUAUCACCUAUUGACGAGUCGAGUGGUUUUGUGCACCAGGAACAAAGGGACUCAGCUGGGGCGUAUUUAGCUGAUGCUCAGUUGAACGCACUUUAUGUUGAUACUCCACCAUCCCCAGCACCUGCAGUGAUAGGCUCUUCGCCCCCGCGCAAGAAGAAGGCUGUUGCAUUUGUGGCAGUGCCAGAGCAAAUUCCCUCACCGAUAGAAAAUUUCUCACCGGAGACACCUGUCCUCAAGCAGCAGACUCAGCUAACGGGCCCCGAAGCGCCCAUCUACAGGGAUUUUGGAUACCACAAAGCUACCUUUCAAGAGCCCAUUUUGGAAGAGUCGGAUUCUGGCGCAUCCGUUCCUCUAGAACUAGCUUCUGAUGAACCAGUUGCUCUGCCACCGAUCUACAAAGAGAAUGAAAAUGAGCCCCCGCGUCAGCAACCAAGUGGCGUGCACAGGGAUCUCUACUCUGGCGAGUCAACCAUGUCUACCACUGGUAAAACUGUACACGGCAACUCGCAGAAUGUCGGCUCCCACAAACCAAGCGCAUCGGCAUCCAAUAUUUUCAACUGGGGGCGCGAGCAGCUUCUACCCAUAAAAGAAUUUGCCCAAGCCCGUAGUCGAAACAGUAGUUUCCACAAAAGCGAGAUUCCGGUACCCAUCACAGCAAAAGACAGCAAACAAAAGAAUGUCAAACCUCGGUCAACAUCGCGCACGUCUCCCAUGGAAGGACAUCCAAGACGUCCAAGCGCGAACAACGCAAGUGUGCAGUUUUCCCAUAUUGGGAUGGUCCCUACCACCGUGACGACAAUCACUGCCGGUGGUUCAAAAGCGCUGCCACAGCGGCCAGUACCACGAGAUACAAAUAAUAAGCAGUUGUGGGAAACUCGCUAUACCAAGCCGUUGCCAAAAAUUGUCACGGUGACUGAGCCAUUAUGGCCCGAGCAGCAUGAAGCCCUAUCUAGCGCCACCCCUGUUGCCUCGAAGCCCGACAGUCCCAACCCAUACCCAAGCCCGAAAGAUAGCCCGAAAGAAAGUCCACAAGAGAGUCCACGGGAAAUCUCUCAACAAAAGCCGAGUGCCGAAGCUGAACCAACGGAAGGCUCGCCCUCCAUCAUGUCUCGUCGACGCCCAAUUCCUCCCGUCUCCAUGCCGGUGUCAAGGAAGCCGGUUCGGAAGCCUACUCCGGCAGAAGCCGCCCAGGCGUCAAACUCAGUGGAUCAGUCUUCUACAAAUGAACCCAAGGAGCCCAUGGAUCGCAUCUUAGCUCUGGAAGCCAAACGAGAUGGACUUGCACGGCGUCGGGUCAAUUUGGAAACAGUGAUUAAAGAGUUGACUCAUGUCAUCCAACCUGGAAAUGUUGUCUAUGACCUUGCUGCCAAGCAAGAGGUGAAGAGGAGCGUCCAGAGCAUUGAGAAUGACAUUGCCGAGAUCAAGAGGGAGGAGCACGAGUUAGGAUUGAAGGCUGCUCGGGCGUGGAGACGAUUGGAUGAGUUUAACAAUGGCGAUGGCGGUACUCUUUGGGUGAAGCGUGUCACCAGCUAA